AUGUCCGCCCGCCGUCCUCACGGGCAGAGCUACGCCGAUGUGGCCGCAAAGCCGGCCCCCGAGCAGGAUUCAGAUGUGACGCCAGCAGUGCCCGCAGAUGUCAUUUACAAGUUGUUGGGCUUCACAGUCGCUAUGGUGUUCGGCCCCAUUGGCAUGUAUUUUCUGACUGUGAACACCAUCUUCAGUGGAAACUCAACAUUUGCCGGUAUCACCGCGGCGGUUACCGCUAACGUGGUGUUAUUUGCCUAUAUCUAUGUGGCCUGGCUGGAAGACCAAGGCGACAAGAAGGAAGCUGACAAGGCCAAGUCCAAGAAGGCUCAGUAG